UACAUCGAUUUGUAUCCGUAUGUGUGUAGACCAAAUGUUUACCCAUAAACAUUCGCAUUUGCUCGCGAAGGAAUGGCGAAGUCUUCAGUUCGUUAAAUCCGCCAACUGCAUGCGGUUCGAAGUUUAUAUUGCCCGAUAACGGUUCAAUUUCAAUGAUAAGAUAUGAAAAGUCCGUUCUAAGAAAAGAUACAAACAUUACACAAGCUCGGAAAUUGGUCAUUGGAAAUAAAACCCAAGGCGUAAACAAUGAUCAUCGGACUAAGUUUAGCGUGCCUGAUUUUAAGUGGCAUUUUGAAAGUGGGCGCCGUUCAAAUAUGCUGCAGCCCGAACUCAGUACUUUUUAAAUACCGCGGAUCGGAUAAUUCGGAAGUUUUCGAGUGCGCUUCCGCUGACAGCAACCUCAAAGAAUUUCCGGAUUUAACUCAAGUGAUAGGCAAAAUGAUAGCCCCAAAAGGCCUUGGAUUAGAGGCACCCGAUGAGUCAAGCCACCAAUUCCAGUUAUCAAAGUGCCAGAAUUUUACGAGCCUCAAUCUAAGUGAACUGAGUGAAAGUGCUUUGUACCUGCGAAAUAACUCAUGCAUUGGGCUAUUAAACAGACGUCUCAUCAUUUUAUCUUGUGAAUUUGAAAAGAAUGUGCCGUCUCAAAGUGUGGGAUUUGUAAACAAGUGCUGCCCACAGGGAUUUAUUUACGUUUCCGAAAAUAAUACAUGCAUACUUGGCGAAAACGAUUUCUUUGUUUAUUCUUCUAUCAUCAGUAGUCCAAUUAUAUUUUUUGAUAACGCCUUAAACUGUUCGGGCAACAAAGCUCUCGUGGAAUAUACUGUGUCUUCGGAGAAAGUGCAGUUCCAUAACGAUACCUUGGUUUGGAGAGAUGGCUCAAACAGUUUGACUAGAUCCAAGUUUUGCAUCGAAGCCAUUUAUGACUCCGAAACAUCGGAGAGAAGGAAAGUUUUGGGUCAAAAAUAUCUGGUUCGGGCUUGUCAGGAACCCAAAAUAUGCCAAAGAAUUCCGUGUAUUCGACGAUGCUGUGGGGAAGGUGAAAUGUAUGCGAAAGGAAAUAUCAGUACGUACUGUAAGAAUGAUGGGACCGAUUUGAAAUUCGAGGGCUUUCAGAACUUGAAUAUAAACGCCAACUUCUCAAAGCCAUCAGAUUUCGGAAUUGUUCAUGGCUUACAAUGCCAAAAAUUUCGAUUGGAUCCCGAUAAUUUUCCAGAUGAUGCGCACACAAUCAGUUCUUCCAAUGGCUCGCUUAUUAUUCAAAACACUUUAAAAAUGUAUACAAAUACUCAGUAUUGUUUGGAAAGGGUCAGACAGAAUCAAAAGCUUUAUACAUUUCUAUGCUUUGAUACAAAGGUAGUGGGCAGUGACCGCAUUCGCUUUAAAAUGUAUCCGAUUGGACUUCUCAUAUCUUGUUGCUUCUACGCACUUACCUUGAUUGUUUAUAUAUCAAUUGCCAAAUUACGAAAUCUUCCUGGAAAAAUUCUGAUUUGUCUUGUGAGCAGUUUAUUUGCGGCAUAUCUUGGAAUAGCUUUGGGCCAGUUGAAGCCCACAUCAAAUGACGACAUCUGCUUCUUUUCUGGUUUCUUCGUGUACUUUUGUUUAAUGGCUGCCUUUUCAUGGAUGAAUAUAACUUCCUUUGACAUAUGGAAAACCUUCGGAUCAACCAAAAUUAAAAGUUGCGAAAAAAGUGACCUGAGACGUCAAUUUAUUUGGUACUCUUGUUACGGAUGGGGACUACCAACUUUGCUAACGACAAUCACCAUUGCGUUUACAAAAUCAGACAUCUUACCGGAUGUGGUUCGACCAAAUUUUGGGCACGGUCGUUGCUGGUUUACAUAUGAUUCUUUUGGAUCUGCAAGCUUACUAUUCUUCUCGGGUCCAGUUGGAAUUCUUUUUAUAUUCAACUUGGUCCUGUUCCUGCUUACGAUGAAAUACUGCAACAAAGUCAAAAACGAAAUAUACAAGAUGCAGAGUUUAAACAGUGAUAAGCCAGUACUGAAGAGGAGAUUUUUUCAGGACAAAACCCGAUUUGUUAUGAACACAAAACUAUGCUUUGUUAUGGGCAUUACGUGGCUUUUGGAGAUAGUGAGCAUUUUGUUUUACGAUCAUAAGAAAACCUUUUUCUGGACCAUCAGCGAUUCGUUCAAUGUGCUUCUUGGCAUCUUUGUAUUCAUCAUUUUUGUUUUUAAACGGAGAAUUUGGAAUGAAAUCGCUGUAAAGUUUGGUUUGCAGUCAAGCCCCAGCACUACAUCGACUAGAAAUCGCCUUGGUGUGACAAAAUCAUAUGCUCCAACUAGCACAGCCAUGACGACGCUCCGAUCUUCUCCAGGCAGUUGUGAACUGGUCCGCAAAACCUCAGCGAAACCGGAAAAUGAAGUUAUGCUUUAGAUGGAAAUUACUUAUCAUUAACUAUUUAUAAUUUGUAGAGCCUUAUGAAACUAGUCCCUCAGUUUAAACAUUAAUAAUACAUAUAUGUAUGUGUAUAAUUUAGCUGUGAACCGAAAUAUUUAGUUAAUAAGUAAUUUCUAUUUUUUUAUACUUAUGUGUUAAUUAUAUUACAUUAAUCAAAACAGUGGCGAAUACA